AAUUUGGCAGCUGCGUUGGUGGCAGCUGGUGACAUGGAACAGGCCGUUCAGGCCUAUGUGACUGCUCUACAAUAUAAUACAGACCUGUACUGUGUGCGGAGUGACCUUGGGAACCUCCUGAAGGCUCUUGGAAGAUUGGACGAAGCUAAGGUAAAAUAGCUGUCUGGUUGAGUGAGUUACAAUUGGAGUUUAUUCAGCAUUUACAGGUAGUGCGUGACCGUGUGGAGAGGCGUAUGGUUGCUGGUGAUGGAAGGAAUUUAUGGUUAAGAGAGGAAAGAUGCCAAAAGAAGGCCAGGAUCCGAUAGGAUGGAUGGAUAGACUGUGGAAGUUGUCCGUCGAACCAUGAAAUACUGUCACUCAAAAAAUCGCUCCUUAUGACGAUGUUUAAAGAGAAAAAAGGCUCUGCACAGAGCAUAAGUGUCUCACUCUCAGAACACAGAAAUUCUUAUUUUGUGAAAUAUCUUUGGACUGUUCAAGAUUGGGAAUCAUGGCUCUGGCGAUGUGUUCUUUUGUCCUUGUCUUCUUGCAAUUGGCUCAAACAGACAAACAGAACUGGAAAUUGCCAACAAAUUAAUACUGAAGGAAUUCAGACGGUUUCCUACUGUUCUUGUAUGUUGCAUUUGGUUGUGAAGACGAAAUGGGACCAACAACCAAGCCAAUUGGAACACAGCAUUAAUGAAACCUUACUGUUAUGCAGUUUUGUUUUGAACUUGUUGCCUUGAUUUGGAACACACUUUUUAAGACGACUUUUAAAAACCUUGUCGGCGCGUUGUUGAUACUGUUUUCUUCACUCAGAAUAUAAACGUCAUUUUUUGCAAAUUUCAGAUAGCUGAAGCAAUUUUUCGAUGAUUUUUUCGAUUGGUCAGAAUCUCUGGCUUGGAAGAUGAUGAUAUCUGAAUCGCCGAUUGGGCUGGACAUCGUAAUAAUUUAUUGUUUUUCAGCCAUAAAGAAGAAAGCAAAAAGCUGGUCAAUGGCUGGUCUGAUUUUCAAACUCCACGUGCAACAAUUUAGCAAAAGUUUUUUGGGGGCAAAUUGCUAUGAAGUUAUAUGUUCUGCUAUCACUCAUUUACUCUGUGACCAAUUAAGAAAUGAACAGAAAGUUAACUUAGAAAAUACCAUUGAAGCAAACUUUGAUUUCACAGUUGCGCGCUAUAACCGUGAAAUUAAACGAUGUACUGAUAUGGCUCUGACAGAAAGAUAGCUUGAUUACGGAGUCACAGGGUAGUUGGAACAUGUUUUUCUACCGAACUGCAUUUGCUUCUGGAGGAGAAAGUCGAGAGUUACAUAACAUAGAAAACAUGCUGUUGGGAAUUUCAUCUUACCAGUUCAGGUAUCGCGAGGUGAAACACAAUUUUUCUAUCCUGGGUAUCGCAAGUCUUUGAGAGUUGAAACGCAACAUGAUUUGAAGAUCAGAACUCUGCCACUGCUCAGCUUGCGAACAUUCUGACAACACUCGCAACUAAUUCAGAUGUUGGUGUUCUGAGCAAGAAAACAUUGUGAUGUUCUCGCUGAAAGAAAGUUUUCAAUAUAAUACCAUUUUCUACGCAGUCAGUUUGGACUCGCUUGUUGUGUCCACUUUCUGCAGCUACCAAAAUUUUGUGUGUUCCCAAUCAAGGUUGUAGUUAUAUUUUCAGUUGGACGGAGCGGCGCAGCACUGGAAUUCGCCCCAUUUUGCCCAAUUUAAUCAGAUUCACCUAAUCCCCAUGCUAAAAAAACCCAUCUCAAAUAUUUUUGUGUAUUUUGAUAGAGAAAAAUAAUGAAAAAUGAGUAACCAAAUGAAGAGAAGGUUGACUGCAUUUUAUUUCAAUGACAAAAGAUCGAGGAAACUUUCCAGAUGAUUUCAAAUAUCAGUGUCUUCUUUAGCAUAUGACAAACGCUUGAGGUUAAAUUUCAAUCAUGAUAUCUGAUUAGAUGGCGGCCUUCCCCUCCCAGCUUUUCACCGAUGUCCUACUAAUGGUCUUUUUCUUCUUCUACAUAUCUAUAUUAGUCACGUUGCCCCAGUGAGUCUCCCAGGCUAAUGCCCACUAUCAGAUUGGAAACGUGAAGAACGGCGCCGUCUGCAGUGAUUACUGGUAAUGAAUUCUGCGGUUUGUAAUUCAGCGUGUUACCUGAAAGCCAUCGAAACCCAGCCAAACUUCGCCGUCGCUUGGAGCAACCUCGGGUGUGUGUUCAACAGCCAGGGAGAGAUAUGGUUGGCCAUUCAUCACUUCGAGAAGGCUGUUGCACUGGACCCAAACUUCUUGGAUGCCUAUAUCAACCUCGGAAACGUGCUGAAGGAAGCCAGGAUAUUUGACCGAGCCGUUGCCGCUUACUUGCGAGCCCUCAACCUCAGCCCCAAUCAUGCUGUCGUCCAUGGAAAUCUUGCCUGUGUCUACUAUGAACAAGGUUUGAUCGACUUGGCAGUGGACACGUACAGGCGAGCGAUCGAACUUCAGCCAAACUUCCCGGACGCUUAUUGUAACUUAGCAAAUGCCCUGAAGGAGAAAGGAAAGGUCGCGGAAGCAGAGGAAUGCUACGACACUGCCCUAGUGCUUUGUCCGACCCACAGUGACUCAUUGAACAAUUUGGCCAAUAUCAAGCGGGAACAGGGAUUUACAGAGGAGGCAGUCCGGCUAUACCUCAAAGCUCUCGACGUCUACCCCGAGUUUGCUGUGGCGCAUUCAAACUUAGCCAGCGUGCUGCAGCAGCAAGGCAAACUUAACGAAGCCCUGAUGCAUUAUAAAGAGGCGAUAAGAAUCUCGCCGACGUUUGCGGACGCUUAUUCCAACAUGGGCAACACAUUGAAGGAGAUGCAAGACAUCCAAGGUGCCUUACAGUGCUACACGCGAGCUAUCCAGAUCAACCCAGCUUUUGCCGAUGCUCAUAGUAAUUUGGCAUCGAUACAUAAAGACUCUGGGAACCUGCCCGAUGCGAUUGCGUCCUACAGAACGGCUUUGAAACUGAAGCCGGACUUCCCUGAUGCUUAUUGUAACUUGGCACAUUGCCUACAGAUUGUUUGUGACUGGACAGACUACGAGAAGCGAAUGAAGCGAUUGGUUGUGAUCGUGCAAGAUCAGUUGGACAAGAAUCGUCUGCCGUCGGUUCAUCCCCAUCACAGCAUGCUCUACCCACUCACACAUAAACAGAGAAAAUUCAUCGCUGCCAGACAUGCAAACUUGUGUCUAGAAAAGAUCAGUGUACUACACAAGCCUCCGUAUCAACACCCUAUGAGCACUAAGGAGAGCGAAGGACGGCUACGUAUCGGAUAUGUUAGUUCAGACUUUGGUAAUCACCCGACGUCGCAUCUCAUGCAGAGCAUCCCUGGUUUCCACAACCAAGAUAAUGUCGAGGUGUUCUGCUAUGCACUGAGCGCCGACGACAACACAACGUUCAGAACAAAGAUAAAAGGCGAGGCGGAACACUUUGUCGAUCUCUCGCAGGUGCCAUGUAACGGAAAAGCUGCUGAUCGUAUCCAUGGCGAUGGUAUACACAUCUUGAUCAACAUGAAUGGCUAUACGAAAGGUGCUAGGAAUGAACUAUUUGCGCUGAAACCGGCUCCAGUACAGGUCAUGUGGUUGGGCUACCCAGGCACUAGUGGCGCCUCCUUCAUGGACUACAUUGUCACCGACCAAAACACAUCACCUGUCGAACUAGCUGACCAGUACUCUGAGAAACUAGGAUACAUGCCAAACACAUUCUUCGUCGGCGACCACAUGCAGAUGUUCCCGCACAUGUUGGAGCGGCUGUUCAUUGAUACGAAAGACGCUCAAGGAAACGAUUUGAGGAUUAUUUUGAAUGCGACAGAUAUGAAGAGCAUUUUGGAGAUAUCGACUGUAGUGAGAGAAAUUCACCAGACCGCCCUCCAUGGUCAGACAACAGACAAGAACGGACAGCCGGCACAAGUCUCGACGACGGUGAUUGAUCUGCCGGGGUCGGAUGUGCUGAUGGAAAUGGUUGUCGCCUCGCAUACACAGAUCCAGAUGGCCGCGUCGACGAUCACGAUCGGCAACAUGGUGUUUCAGAAUGGUCUUACAACCAACCAGGAUUUCUUCGGCAAUACCGUAUACGUGACCAACAACAAAGCCGCCACUGGUGAAGAGAUCCCCAGGAACGUAAUGGUGAGCUCUCGUGCACAAUACGGCCUCCCAGAGGACGGCGUCAUCUAUUGCAACUUCAACCAGCUGUACAAGAUCGACCCAGCAACGUUAGACAUGUGGGCGACCAUCUUGAAACGCGUACCAAACAGUUACUUGUGGCUCCUGAAAUUCCCCGCAGUCGGCGAACAAAACGUGUUGCAAACUGCGACAAACCUUGGCGUCCCUGCGCACCAGAUUAUUUUCUCGCCCGUCGCACCCAAGGAAGAGCAUGUGCGUCGUGGACAGUUGGCUGACGUCUGCCUGGAUACGCCAUUAUGUAACGGUCACACUACGGGAAUGGAUGUCUUGUGGGCGGGCACACCUAUGGUCACAUUACCAGCAGUCUCCUUUGAAGGGGUUCUGCGUUUUUCAGCCGAGACCCUUGCAUCCCGCGUCGCCACGUCACAACUGCACACGUUAGGAUGCCCGGAGUUGAUCGCUUCGUGCCGAGCCGAGUAUGAGGCCAUCGCAAUCAAGUUGGGAACAGACAGUGAAUAUCUGAAGGGCAUGAAGGCUAAGGUCUGGGAAGCCCGCACGUCAAGCCCUCUCUUCAACAGCAAGCAAUACGCUCGCGACUUGGAAGGAUUAUACCGGGCGAUGUGGAACAGACAAGAACAGGGAUUGAAAGCAGACCAUCUCACAGAUUACUACAAAAAGUAAAGGACGCUUUGUGAGAUUUGUUUUGAUAUUGUUCAAUGAGACUCAAUAUUAUUGCUGCCUACUGGACGUUUACUAGGUGAUCAGUGUUCUGCACAAGCCCAUUUGUCAGGGCGGCCCACUCUACCAGGCUCUAGAAUUUUGUAAAGGGUUUCUAAAGGGCUACCUAACCUUAAAUUUUUGAUCACCCAACCUUGUGUUGCCCACUGGCAAAACUUCUUGAUAAUAAAGGGUACCACCCUACCUUGAGAAAACUUUGUGGAAACCUCUGGUGAUUUACUUAGACAUGGAAUGUAUUGUUGUGUCAGCUUUGCCUCUGAAUAGAUUUAACAGUUCCGCAAUGAAAAUAGCGACUCCUGUUAGUGUUGUGACGUUCUUUCACAUGACAAGCUUCAAAGAUAUGAGUGAGAGAGUGAGACCUCUUUGUUUUAAAAAUUUUAAGCGAAGAACUUUUAAGAAACUGUUAUGUCCUGUAAAUCGUGACAUUUUUGCAAUGCUAUAAGUUUGCUUAGUUUCAUUGGUGACAGUUAAGGUAUUGCAUUGCUGCUGAAAUAUCAUGGUUGAUGCAUUGCAGGUGAAAUUUUUGUGCUUUUUAAGUUCGUGUAAAAUUUGUACAGCAUAUCUCUGUGGCAGUGUCAUUUCUGAUGUCUAAACCGAGACUGGGUCCAAAAUGUCCUAGGUGAUAUGGCAAUUCUAAAAUAAGGAGAGAAAGGGGAUGGUGUGUGUCCAUUAAACUUGUAUGCUUGAAUUGAAUAUCUAAAAGAUUUGUGUAAAUAAUUCUAUCAGUUUGUAUAAUGGUGAUUAUGGAGGUGUAACCUUACCUGUCCACGGUUUAAAUUUCUGCAUUUGUUGUAGUUUUUGCACUUGUAGCACUGACAUAUGCUUUUUAGUGGGUGAAGGUACCAGUUUAUCAUAAAAAUUGUGUUACCCUGAAAAGGAAAUGACAACACUAAAGAAACAUAUAAAAGACUUGUAUACCCCUCAAAGACUGUAGUAGGAGGGCUGUCUUUCUAUCAUGUUUGAAUGGUAAACCAGUACAUUUACCCACCUUGCUUCGUAAGACUUUUGGUUUAAUUACCUGGUGGCUCUAUUUGUAAAUAAAAGUUUAUUGGGUCAGCCGUACGAUGUUUCAAAUUAUGUUUGUAUUGUGACACACUGGCAGUCACCCAUUAAGUACAUACUGACAAUGCAAUUUUGAAAGAUUUCAGCUUAAACCAAUGGUGAAGUUGUGCCUCUUCAAAAUGAUUAUUGAGAUAGUUUGGGGGGAGGGCGCCUGAUAUUUAUGUGUACAUUUGU